AUGAUGGCCGUUAAUAUCAUUAUCAGCAAGCUGUGUACCACCGUCUCGCAAGUCCUCUCGGAGGAUAUCUGUGGGCCGGUGGACACCUCGCUUCUCUUCUCAUUACUUGAGCGAGGCGAACAUGUCGAUCGGCAUUAUGGGCCGCCAGAUAUUUGGCUCCCACGCAAGGCUUUCCUGCCCACCGAAGAGACCAUCAUUAUAUACCCUGACCAAGAAAUUAUUAAUGAGAUGAUUGCGGAAACUUGCCAGUCGAUCCCGUUUGCCAUGGGCGAUGUCGACACUUUCGGACAGUCUACCCCUGGUGCCCACCCGGGAGCAACGGGCAUCAAGGCCGUCCAAGGGUUCGCCGUCCUGUGGCCGCUGUUCAACGUUUCGAAGAAUAAGUACGCGAUAGCUGCACAGAAGCCGCAGGCGCAUGAGGUGCUGCGGCAGAUUGCGUUGAGGCAUGGGGUUCGACUGGGGAUGGGGUUGAGCGCAGAGGCGGUGCCGCUUGACCGGGUAUUUAGCCCUCGCAUUUCCGAGGGGUCUUGGUCUGCGGUGAGUUGA